AUGGGCCUCACAGACUUCUGGAAGUCACCCACAGACAAGCGCGCCGACGAGGUCCGCAGCGGCGCCGUCGCCCCGACCCGCACGGAGCGCAGGAAGUGCUGGGAGAGCCGCGACGCCUACUUCGCAUGCCUCGACCGCAACAGCAUCCUCGACGCCAUCAAGGACGACAAGGCCGCAGCUGCGCAGUGCGGCGGCCAGUCGGCCGCCUUCGAGAGGGACUGCGCCACCGAGUGGGUGACCUACUUCAAGAAGUGGCGGGUCGCAGAACACAACAAGAAGCAGAGGUUGGCCCAGCUGCAGGCCGAGGGCGCCCAGAGCGUCCAGAUACAGACCGGGCCCGCCGGCUCAUAA